UUGUGUUCUAAAGUGUGAAGUCAGAAUUUGUUGCUCCUACUGGUCAGUGUCAAAUCCACAUAAAUAGUUAUUAAAGUGUUGAAGGUUGUAGACCUCUGCUGGUCCAGCCGUGUCCUGUGUGGAUCAAUAAUCGAUAUAUUUAUAAAGUGGGUUGCAGUACCGUGGCGCACCAGCAGAGGUCACGAUAGACCUGCAUUUGUGAAAUAAAGCAAAAUGACUUUUCUUUCUUUUCUUUUAUACAUGAAACUAUUCUUUCCACUGUUUUUUGUGCACUCCAGUUCAGUCCUUGUUUAUCAGUGGUAGUUCCCCCCCAGGCGGCCCCCACGUUGGGCCCUCCCCGCUGCAGCAGACCGCUCCGUCCGUCUCCAGCUGCGUGGAUCCAGUCCCGCAGGCUGCGUCGGCCAUGUUGUUAUGUGGGGGCUGAUGGAAGUUUAGGAAGUGGAGGCUCCGGAGCGCUGGUUGGGACACUCCAGGAUCUGACCGUGACAUGACGCUGAUGCGUCCCCGUCCAUGCGCGCGCUCUCCUCCUCCUCCACCCGCCUCCGACGCAGCAGCGCCUGAUCCGCCGGGAUCGAACUUCAAUCAGCUGGACGCGUGAAGUAAGGAUGAGGGCUGAUCGGUCCCGCUCGGAGUAACUCGGAUUUACUUUGUCCCGAUCUGAUUUACGGCGGACAGAGAGGAGGAAACAUACCGGCAAGAGUCCGAUUGAAUUAAGGACACCAUGGGCUGUAUAAAGAGCAAAGAGAACAAAGGCCCUGUGCUGAAGUACCAGCCUGAAAGCUCCCCCAUGUCCGACUCCACUGCCGGAGCCGCCACAGCCCACGUAGGUCACUACGGCCCAGAUCCAACCCAGCAGAAUCAAGCCCCUGCACCGUCAUCCGGGUCUGGAGUUGUAAACUUUAACCACAACCUUGCACCGUUUGGCGGCUCCUCGUCCACCAUUACUCCCUUUGGAGGAGCGUCAACCUCCUUCUCUGGUCCUUUGUCCAACUCCUUCUCCGGGGCCGUCUCAAGCGGGGUUACCUUCUUCGUGGCCUUGUAUGACUACGAAGCCAGGACAUCAGACGAUCUAACGUUCAAAAAGGGAGAUCGCUUCCAGAUUAUCAACAAUACAGAAGGAGACUGGUGGGAGGCUCGCUCCAUCACCACGGGAAAGAAAGGCUACAUCCCCAGCAAUUAUGUUGCCCCCGCCGACUCCAUCCAGGCUGAAGAAUGGUACUUUGGAAAAAUGGGGCGUAAAGAUGCAGAGAGGCUGCUGCUAAAUCCAGGGAAUGAUCGAGGAACGUUUCUGGUGCGAGAAAGUGAAACGACUAAAGGCGCUUAUUCUCUCUCAAUACGAGACUGGGACUCGGCCAAAGGCGACAACGUGAAACACUACAAGAUCCGAAAGCUGGACAACGGAGGAUACUACAUCACCACACGAGCGCAGUUUGACACAUUACAGAAGCUGGUCAAACACUACACAGAGCAUGCAGACGGACUCUGCCACAGGCUGACCACAGUGUGCCCCACAGUCAAGCCUCAGACUCAGGGACUCGCUAAAGAUGCUUGGGAGAUUUCCAGGGAGUCCCUGCAGCUGGAGUUGAAACUGGGACAGGGCUGCUUCGGAGAGGUCUGGAUGGGCACAUGGAACGGCACCACCAAGGUGGCCAUAAAGACGCUAAAGCCUGGGACCAUGUCACCUGAGGCAUUUCUCCAGGAGGCUCAGAUCAUGAAGAAGCUGAGGCAUGACAAGCUGGUGCCUCUUUUUGCCGUGGUGUCCGAGGAGCCCAUUUACAUCGUCACGGAGUACAUGUCCAAAGGAAGCCUGUUGGAUUUUCUUAAAGAAGGUGAAGGCAAAUUCCUGAACCUGGUCAUGCUGGUGGACAUGGCUGCAAAGAUUGCUGACGGCAUGGCUUUCAUCGAGAGGAUGAACUACAUCCACAGGGACCUGCGCGCAGCCAACAUCCUAGUGGGGGACAACCUGGUCUGCAAGAUCGCAGAUUUUGGACUGGCUCGGUUGAUAGAAGACAACGAGUACACGGCAAGACAAGGAGCUAAGUUCCCCAUCAAGUGGACGGCUCCUGAGGCUGCAUUGUACGGCCGCUUCACCAUCAAGUCCGACGUCUGGUCUUUUGGCAUCCUGCUCACUGAGCUGGUCACCAAAGGCAGAGUCCCCUACCCAGGUAUGGUGAAUCGGGAGGUGCUGGAGCAGGUGGAGCGUGGUUACCGCAUGCCCUGCCCGCAGGGGUGCCCCGAGUCCCUGCACGAGAUGAUGAAGCUCUGCUGGAAGAAAGAACCGGACGAGAGGCCCACCUUCGAGUACCUGCAGUCCUUUUUGGAGGACUACUUUACCUCCACAGAGCCACAGUACCAGCCCGGAGAAAACCUAUAGCCACGGGAGACAAACCAAAAGACUUGCAGGACGUUUGCACUCACCCUGACUCGCUCCCUUUUCCCCCAGUUUCAUUUGGAUUCCUUUUUAUCAGCGUUUGUUGGUACUACACAAGCUUACUGUGUUCACAUAUUGGUUUGUGGGAUUGGUGUGGUUCUGUGCACACAUUUUGGAGACAUCUUUCAUGUGGGAUUUUUAUCUGCAUUUCGUGGUGUUUCUGUCAAAUAAGCUGCCGCCAAACUGAAAACCAUUUGCUAGAGUUGCGUAAAUUGCAUUUAAAAAUUGAGGAUUGAAAUCCACAUAUAUUUUGUUUUUAUAUUAUUGAAUUAUCCAUCAAUUAUUCAUAGAAAUGGUAUGUUUUCUUAAUAGGGAAAAGGUCUGAGGGAGUAUUAUCACGGUCCAUUCAAGGGUGAUUAUUUUUAAAGCAAACCCCCACACAGCUUCAGUUUAUUCCAUUUCAUCAGUUAGAGCGCCCUUUGUGUCUGUGCGAUAGUCUCAUUUGUGCAUUCUUUUAAAUUAUUUUUAAAUUUGUCAUUCCAAUCAUUUAUUAUGGUUUAUUUAAAGCACAUGAACUAACGUCAUUUUUUUUUCCUUUGUAAAACUGUGGUUUGAUUCUGGGCUUGCUGUCUAGUCAUCUUAAAAUGCAAACCUAGACUCCACUGAAAAAAAAAGGUAUUUCAGAACGAAGCUGAGAAAUACUUUUGUUUUCACCGCUGAAAUGUGACUGAGGAACUCUUUAACUCAUGGGAUCAACAGGACUCUGCAAAAAAAUGUUUAUGCCGAAGUGGAUUUCCAUUUAGAACAUUUUACUUCUGCGAUUUUAUGCUCCCGCAUGGACUCAUCACUCAACAUUGUGUUAUAUUGGGAAUUGACCACAGAGCUUAUGAUAAAGGGCUUUAUACUGUAUAUGGUGAAACACUCAUUUUAUAUGUGAUUAUUAAGCUAAAAAGACAUGCAUUUGGGAGGAAUGGUAACAAUGACUUUGUACAAUAAAAUCCAACUUUAAUUCAAUUUUU